UAUACUUAAUUACUUUUAACAGAACUUUUGGAACGGUGGUACCUAUAUAGAGAUAUUUGCGACAAGUAAAAUUUAAAACUGACCUUAAAAUGUGGCACAUUGACUAUUUUAGAACUUUUUUAUUUGUUUCACUUCUAGUCGGUUGCAUAAUCAGUCCAAUCAGGGCCCAAAAAGGUUUGAUACCAUGUGAUACCGAUGAAGAUUGUCCUCAAUCACAAAAUUCUACAUGCGACAAAAGUUUUCAUUUUUGCAAGUGCAAUGGUACUCGUUUCUGUGAUGUUAAAAAAACUAAACUUGUAACAAAAAUUGGCGGAGAGUGUCAGAGUACAGAAGACUGCAAUAUAGAAUCAGCUAAAUGUGUUAAUUCCAAAUGUGAUUGCAAAGAGGGAUAUGUGAAGUCCACUGAUGGCAGAAAAUGUUUAAUUGUAUCCGAGGGGAUUAACGGACAUUGUGAGGACAGCGUUCAAUGCUACACAAAGACACCCAAUACCGUGUGUACAAGCAAUAAAUGUGUUUGCGAGGGUAUGCAUGAAUAUGAAGGAAAGUGUUACAAAAAUGUUGAUCUAGGUCAAGCCUGCGAGUCUAAUCCAGAAUGUAUUAACAAGUUUUCAAGUUGCAAAGAUUCGGUAUGCACCUGUAAUGAAAAAUAUGUCGCAAGCUUAAACGGAUCAGAAUGUUUUCUAAAAGCAGAAAGUAAUAACAGUCCUUGUGUAGAUGAUCUACAGUGCACAGCAGCCCUUGGCAAAUCUUCCCUAUGUGAGGACAGUGUCUGUAAAUGCAAAACCUUUUUCCAUUAUAAGGAGAAAUUAAAUAAAUGUGUAGAAAGUAUUCAACUGGGAGACCACUGUUUAAUUCAUAGUGACUGUCAUGAUCCCUACCCAGAAAAGGAAAAUAGACUAGAAUGUAUUGCUGGAGUAUGUGAAUGCAGAUCAUCUUUUACAGAGAAGGAUGGAAUAUGUGUUGAAAACGGAAGCACUCGAGUAGCGUCAGCAUUCUUUGUACUAAUAAGUAGUUAUAUAAUAUUAUCCAUCUUUAACUGAAAAUUUUUUCAAAAUAUGAAGGAAAUCUAACAUCUUCUUAUAUGUAUAUCUUAUCUUAUUUUUUAUAUCUUAUCAUAUGUAUAUAAAAUGUACUGGUGAUAUUUAUAUUUGUUAUGUUAUGUGAUAUUUGUUAUAAAAUUUUAAUAUAUAUUUGUACAAUAUUAUAAUUAUUUAAAUAAAUAUGUGAUAAAAAGGUC